UUGAGUAGUAUUGCUUUGGAAUACAGCUUUAAAUUCUGUGAGGCAAGAGCCUAUAUUGUUUGUAGUAGGUAACCUGGUGUCAUUUUGAUAUCAAUACUUUUAAUGGCAGGCCUAUAUUUAGCCAGUUUGAAUUACUUAUAGGCGGUGUUUUGUAACUGAGUAAUUUGGAAUUUUUGUACGUUGAAAACGUGUUUUUUAAUGAGAUUCACAUCCAUCAGAACCCUAAUCCAGCAAAAUAAUGCAUGGAUGUCUCCUCGUUCACUAUGAACAACCAAACACUUUUUCCAUUUUAUUUCAUUAACUCAAUACGUUUUAACACUGGGGUCACGAGAAGCGCAGGCCGCCCUUGUCAGAUCGACGCAGAUAAGAUCGCUGAAAGGCUCGAUUCGACACUGCAAGGUAUAUGAAGCGCCUCACGCGCACACUCACCUGCACCGUGCUGAAGACGUAUCCAGGCGUGGCUGGAAUUCAGAAUGCUUUGGUGUGGAGGUAUAGUGGCACUGCUGGUCACAGCGCUGGCCUUCUCUCCUGAGCGACUGUCAAGGGACACAGAUUGGGAAGUCUGGAAGACCACCCACAAGAAGCAGUACAGCAGCCUGGAGGAGGAGGAGCAGCGCAGGUCAGUCUGGGAGAAGAACACGCUGCUGAUCGAGGCCCACAACCUGGAGUAUGAGCAGGGCAUGCACUCCUAUCAGCUGGGCAUGAACCACCUGGGAGACAUGACCGCUGAGGAAGUGGCUGAGAAGAUGACCGGUCUGGUGGUUCCUCAGGCCAGAGAGACCAACAACACCUUCACUCUCGAUGACAUCCCCACAAAACUGCCCAAGGCCAUCGAUUACCGCAUACUUGGCUACGUCACGCCGGUCAUAAAUCAGGGCUCCUGCCGGUCCUGUUGGGCCAUCAGCGCCGCGGGGGCUCUGGAGGGUCAACUAAUGAGGAGCCGGAGGAAGCUGGUGCCCCUCAGCCCCCAGAACCUGGUGGACUGCGUCAGGAGCAACUAUGGCUGCAUGGGCGGCUACAUGACCAACGCCUACAAGUAUGCAAUGAAGAAAGGCAUCAGCUCUGAGAGGAAAUAUCCCUACAUGGGCGUGGAGCAGAAUUGUACCUUUAACAGAUCAGACAGCGUGGCCCAGAUCUGGGACUUCAAGGAGCUCCCUGAGGGGAACGAGCGGGUCUUGCGGGCAGUCGUGGCCGUGCAUGGGCCCGUUUCCGUGGGGAUCAACACCAGAUCCCCAAACUUUACCUUCUACAAGAGCGGUGUUUACUAUGACCCCGAGUGUAGCGGGGAGUACCUGAACCACGCCGUGCUGGUGGUCGGCUACGGCGUCACUCCCACCUGCAAGAAGUUCUGGAUCGUUAAGAACAGCUGGGGGCAAGCAUGGGGCGAUGGAGGGUAUAUUCUGAUGGCCCGGAACCGCAGAAACCUCUGUGGAAUCGCUAACCUGGCCAGCAUCCCCAUCAUGUGACCACCAGGGGGCGCAAAGAGUCCGAAAAGUGGAAAUAUAGCUCUAAUCUGAGCAUGACCUGUGUGCGUGUGACUGUGUGUAUGUGUUUGUGUGUGGGCGUGUGUGCCCUGUGUGUGUGUGCGCGCGGGUGCGUGUGUGACAGUGUGUGGUUAUGUGUGUACAUGUGUAUGUGUUUGUGCGUGUGUGUGUGUGUGUGCACUAUGAGGGAAGAUUAUUAAGACUGUCCACAACUCUCUUUCAACUUUCCUCACAUUAGCUAGCUAAUAUAACAGCAUUUUCAUCUUCUGGGAUUCAUUUUUUUGUAUGUUGAUCUUGGAUCAGCGGUUGGGGUUAAAAAAAAAAAGAGCCUAGUUUAUCCAGUGCCACACCUCUUCUUUCAUGUAAUGGAAAGUGAAAGUGAU